AUGCUGGAUAUAGGGAGGCAAGAUCUAAAUAGCCGGAAAUUAUUCAUAGGCGGCCUCGCUCCACACACAACAAAAGAGGACUUGCAAGCCCACUUCUCUCAGUUCGGGUCUGUCCAGGAUUGUGUCUUAAUGAUUGAUAGAUCAACAGGGAGAUCACGAUGCUUUGGAUUUGUCACUAUGAAGGACAACGAAUCCACUGACCGAAUCCUUGCAGAAGACCAAGAAAUCGGAGGGAAAAAAGUCGACUGCAAGCUCGCUGUCCCACGAGACCAAAAUACCAGUGUUCCCACUACCACCUCUUUUCGUACGAAAAAGGUUUUUGUCGGUGGUCUGCCUCCAGACGUGACCCAAGAGAUUUUCAAUUGUUUUUUUGAGCAAUUUGGAGAAAUAGAAGACAGUGUUGUAAUGUUUGAUAGAGAAACAGGAAGACCGAGAGGGUUUGGAUUCAUCACUUUUACUAAUGAAGAGAGUGUUGAAAAGGUUAUACAGAACAGUGAAAGCAACUAUAUUAAUGGGAAAUGGGUCGAGUGCAAAAAGGCUAUGCCUAGCUCUCCCUUCCUCUGUGAACAAAUAAAAUUGUUUUGCAUUAAAAAAAUUUUUGCAAGAUCAAAAAUUUUAUAAUUCAGACCAUUAAAAUUUAAUAGAGCUAAAGGUUCUAUUAUAAUCAGAGGGAAGUAAGCAUAAUCAGCCUGAUGAACGUUAUGCUAAUUACCAGUAUACAAACCAGAAUUAUUAUAACCCACAGUAUACAACCCAGCCCUACACAAACCAAAUGUACUCUAACCAAAUGUAUCAAGGCUAUAUGAUGUAUCCUUAUUAUAACAUGGCUGGCUAUCAGCAGGGGUCUGCAUAUGACCCCUAUUGGCAAAUAAAUCAAGGCUAUGGGCAGCAAAACUAUAAUGAGGGACAUGAAGAACAAAGCAAACAGAAAUUUGUGGACGAUUUAUUGGAUGAAGGAAGAAACGAAAUCAACCAGCAGCAAAGGUAGAUUUUAUAUAGUGAGAAUCACAGGAAAAAGACAAUUAACUAG